GGACUCCCUGACUGCGCCAUGGCGGAAGCUGAGGAACAGCCUGCUGACCACUCAAGGGAGGCCAUCAGGAGGAGUGGAUUCGUGUGGCCCCAGAGUGACCAUCUCAGACCUGCAAGGUGUGGAGAAGAAACUGGGUCUCUUGAAGAAUCUACUGAUGACUCUGAGGAAGAAGAGAGUGAAGAGGAACCCAAACUUAAGUAUGAAAGGCUUUCCAAUGGGGUAACUGAAAUCCUUCAGAAGGAUGCUGCUAGCUGCAUGACAGUCCAUGAUAAGUUUUUGGCACUGGGCACACAUUAUGGCAAGGUUUAUUUACUUGAUGUCCAGGGGAACAUCACUCAGAAGUUUGAUGUAAGUCCUGUGAAGGUAAAUCAGGUUAGCCUGGAUGAAAGUGGAGAACACAUGGGCGUGUGUUCGGAGGAUGGCAAGGUGCAAGUGUUUGGACUCUAUUCUGGAGAAGAAUUUCAUGAGACUUUUGACUGUCCCAUUAAAAUCAUUGCUGUGCAUCCGCAUUUUGUGAAAUCCAGCUGCAAGCAGUUUGUGACUGGAGGGAAGAAGUUGCUGCUGUUUGAACGAUCUUGGAUGAGCAGGUGGAAGUCUUCUAUUCUGCAUGAAGGGGAAGGGAACAUAAGGAAUGUGAAGUGGAGAGGCCAUCUGAUUGCUUGGGCCAAUAAUAUGGGUGUGAAGAUUUUUGACAUUACCUCAAAGCAAAGAAUCACCAAUGUGCCCCGGGAUGAUAUAAGUCUUCGCCCAGAUAUGUAUCCCUGCAGCCUCUGCUGGAAGGACAGUGUGACACUGAUUAUCGGCUGGGGGACAUCUGUCAAGAUAUGCUCAGUGAAGGAACGGCAUGCCAGUGAAAUGAGGGACUUGCCAAGUCGAUAUGUUGAAAUAGUGUCGCAGUUUGAAACUGAAUUCUACAUCAGUGGUCUUGCACCUCUCUGUGAUCAGCUUGUUGUGCUUUCCUACGUAAAGGAGGUUUCAGAAAAAACGGAAAGAGAAUACUGUGCCAGGCCCAGGUUGGAUAUUAUCCAGCCACUUUCCGAGACUUGCGAAGAGAUCUCUUCUGAUGCUCUGACCGUGAGAGGCUUUCAGGAAAAUGAAUGUAGAGAUUAUCACUUAGAGUACUCUGAAGGGGAAUCACUCUUCUACAUCGUGAGUCCAAGAGAUGUCGUAGUAGCCAAGGAACGGGACCAAGAUGACCACAUUGACUGGCUCCUUGAAAAGAAGAAAUAUGAAGAAGCUUUGAUGGCAGCUGAAAUUAGUCAAAAGAACAUUAAAAGACAUAAGAUUCUGGACAUUGGCUUGGCAUAUAUAAACCACCUGGUGGAAAAAGGAGAGUAUGACAUAGCAGCACGCAAAUGCCAGAGAAUUCUUGGGAAAAAUGCAGCACUCUGGGAAUAUGAAGUUUAUAAAUUUAAAGAAAUUGGACAGCUUAAGGCUAUUAGUCCUUAUUUGCCAAGAGGGGAUCCAGUUCUGAAACCACUCAUCUAUGAAAUGAUCUUACACGAAUUUUUGGAAACUGAUUAUGAGGGUUUUGCCACUCUGAUCCGAGAAUGGCCCGGAGAUCUGUACAACAAUUCAGUAAUAGUUCAAGCAGUUCGAGAUCACCUGAAGAAAGAUAGUCAGAACAGGACCUUACUUCAAACCCUUGCAGAAUUGUACACCUAUGACAAAAACUAUGGCAACGCUCUGGAGAUAUACUUAACCUUAAGACAUAAGGAUGUUUUCCAGUUGAUUCACAAGCAUAAUCUAUUUAGCUCUAUCAAGGAUAAAAUUGUUUUAUUAAUGGAUUUUGAUUCCGAGAAAGCUGUUGACAUGCUUUUGGACAAUGAAGAUAAAAUUUCAAUAAAAAAGGUAGUGGAAGAGUUAGAAGACAGACCAGAAUUACAGCAUGUGUAUCUGCAUAAGCUUUUCAAGAGAGACCACCAUAAGGGGCAGUGCUACCAUGAAAAACAGAUCAGCCUUUACGCUGAAUACGACCGACCAAACUUACUUCCAUUUCUCCGAGAUAGUACCCACUGCCCACUUGAAAAGGCUCUUGAGAUAUGCCAACAGAGAAACUUUGUGGAAGAGACAGUUUAUCUUCUGAGCCGAAUGGGUAAUAGCCGAAGUGCCCUGAAGAUGAUCAUGGAGGAAUUACAUGAUGUUGAUAAAGCGAUUGAAUUUGCCAAGGAGCAGGACGAUGGAGAGCUCUGGGAAGAUCUGAUUUUAUACUCCAUCGACAAACCACCAUUCAUUACUGGCUUGUUAAACAACAUUGGCACACAUGUUGACCCAAUUCUGCUGAUUCACCGUAUCAAGGAAGGAAUGGAGAUUCCCAAUUUGAGAGAUUCCUUGGUUAAGAUUCUGCAAGAUUACAAUUUACAAAUUCUGCUUCGUGAAGGCUGCAAGAAGAUUCUGGUAGCUGACUCUCUGUCUUUACUGAAGAAAAUGCAUCGUACUCAGAUGAAAGGCAUUCUGGUCGAUGAGGAGAACAUUUGUGAAUCGUGCCUUUCCCCUAUUCUUCCAUCAGACGCAGCUAAGCUCUUCAGUGUGGUGGUCUUCCAUUGCCGGCAUAUGUUCCACAAGGAGUGCCUGCCCGUGCCCAGCAUGACCUCUCCUGCACAGUUCUGCAACAUCUGCAGCGCUAAGCACCGUGGACCAGGAAGUGCCAUUUUGGAGAUGAAAAAAUAGCUUUGUCCCAUUGUCAGUAUCUUCCUCACCACUCUUUUUGAAGAUAGUGUUUGCAACAACAGAAGCAUUUGCUGAGUUUUGUAUGUUUAUGUUAUGCUCAGAAAAACUUUUGUCAUCUUUACCUGUCUACUAGAGUUUUCUCUUUGCAGUUGAUAAAGAUGUUAGAUUUUUCCCCAUCCAUGCAUGAAAUAGUUGGAUUCACAGUCAAUAUUUCAUCAUUUGUUUGGCUCACUCUUUAUUGAGGAAUGGAAACAUCAGUUUGGGAAUUAGAAAUUUUUAAAUCAUAGUAAAAUUGUUCAUUCCUAAAGUGAACUGUCAGGGGUCGUCCCCAGCUGUCUAAGCAUCACCCAUGUUGCUGUCCAGCUAGCUCCUGCUGCGUUGGACCUUGGUCUGUAUGCUCUGCAGUUCUUGCAUCUGAGUUUGUCUUUUUGUAAUGUCAUCAGCUGUUGUUAUUAUGUCAAUAGGUGUUUAAUGAAACAUUGUGCACACUGUCACUUAUUCAGUGGCAUCUGCAUGACAUGAGCAUGCUGAUGUCAUGCAGUUUCAUGUUGACUGAUCACAUGUUCUAUGUAUCCCAAUGACUAGCAGUGGUCCUGGCAGGCACUCAGCAUUUGUUGAUUGAAUAAAUGUUACCUCUCCCCACA